AUGGCAGAAAAGGAAGGCGGGUUUGGGCAGAACGUUCUUGGCAAGCUUAAGCUUGUCGGUGGCAAGGUCGUCGACUUCGGUGGCACGGUAGCUGGAAGAGUUGCGGAUGUUGGAGGCACUGUCGGCAACAAAAUCGGAGACUUUGGAAACAAAAUUGUGGAUGUGGCCACCAAGCCGUUGUUCGAGAGCGACUUUGAGAGGCUCAGGCAACUAAAUCAGAUUGCCCAGCAGCAGCAGGACCUCCGGCGGAAGUAUACUGAACAGGAGCUUUUGGCAGUGGAGGCACGGGCGGACUUGGUACUCGGGCAGCUGUACACAGGCUACUUUGAGCCAAACUUUGACCCAGUUGCACAUGAACUCUCGAAGCUGACGGACUCGGAUAAUCAGGACCACAUUGACGAGUUGGUGGAGCGGCUGACACAGGGCGUGGAGACUGUCAGUGGUCGUCUGUCUCGCCACGUUAACAAGAAGCGGGAUGUGCUGCUGGCUGGCAUAGACCGCGUUGCUGAGAUAGAGGAUGACCUGAAGGCCGCCUUCCUCAUUAGCCGAUCCAGCCGGGCCACACUCAAGGCGGCGGCCGAGGAGGUGCAGCGCAACAUGCGGGUGGUGGGCCAGACCCGCCGCAAGCAGAGCUUCAUGGAGCUGAUGGAGGUCAUUAGCAAAAUUAAACGGGCGCGCGACCUGCAGCACUCGCUAAAGAAGUCACAGGAGCUUGGCGAAUACGGUGAUGCCAUCAUGACAUGUGUGCAGUGCUUCCAAGGGCUGGAGUCGCUCGGGCAGCUCACGGUCUCAGCGGAGUUGCGUGCUUCUGUACAACGGCUGUACCUAGACACGCUGCGCCGCUUGGACGGGGCGCUGACCAACAUCUGCGCCGAGUUCGACCCCGAUAAAUACACCAAGCUCCUAGAGGGCUACCUGCUUCAGGGCAUCGACGGCAAGGCGCUCGCAGAGAAGGUGCUGCAGUGCUUCAAGGACUCCAUCCACGACGUCACCACGCGGAUAGUUAGGUCCCUGCUGCUUACCAAGCCAAAGCUGGCCGACCGCCUGGCCGCUGGCGCCUCAGCCACCUCGGCACUGCAGCUAGGCUACAGCGAGAUGCUACGCGCCAUGCCGCCCGACCUGCUGCGGCCCUGCCUACUGCGACUGCUGGAGACGGUGUUCGACGUGCUGUCGUCAUACCACGUGAUGGCGCAGUGGCACGGGCUUGCGGUGCAGAAGGAGAGCCAAAUGGCGGCGGCAGCACAGGGCAUGAACGAGGAGGACCGCCGCGCACAGACCACCACAGCAGCCUUCCUCGCCGCCGUGAACGACGUCCUCAAGGUCUCCCGUGCCGAGGUGCUGGAUACAGCAGGCCGGCGCAUCAAGGACAUGCUAGCCAUGGACACCCUGUUCAAGGGGGAGGACUUCCUGCAGGUGGUGGACUGGUGCGGCAACUUCGGUGCCAUGGGGGAGGCCUUCCUUGGGGGCCCCACGGAGCUGCGGCCCCAGGUGAUGGCGCUCUGCGCACGCUUCCUCCCCGCCUACCACCGGUCCAACCUCGAAUCCCUGACAACCUGCCUCAACAACGAGGCCUGGCAGGAUGUUGGCGCGGUGACUGGUGCCUCGGGCGCCGUGACUCUGGAGCUUGACGUCGCCAUUCUGCACUCGCCUCUGUACAUGCCGCACUGGGAGGAGGAGGGCGCGGUUACCUCGUUCGACAAGUGGAUCACGGACGGCAACCCGUUUAAACGAGGUAGCGGGCAGGGUGCCAUGCCUGAGGGCCGCCAGAAGUCCCUGGUGGACCUGCUCAACCGCACCACUGCGGAGGGAAAGCAAUUGUCCCGGAACGGCAGCCAACAGAGCAGCCUAGGGGACGUGGCUGCCGCCGCCGCUAACGGCGGCGAUGCCGCUGCCGCUGCCACCUGCGCGACCCCCACCACGCCCGGCGAGGAAGAAGGCCCCGCAAGGACGUCUGCCAGCAGCACCGCAGGGGAGCCGGCAGCGGCAACCGCUGCUGCCGUUCCUGGCACGCCUGGCGGCACGGAAGCGGUAGUGGAACAGAGCAGUUCUCUGGGACCGGCUGGGCUGAGUGGUGGUAGUAGCAGCAGUGGCGGCGCGGAGGGCGGAGGAGGCGGUCCUGGCAACCGCGGGCCGCCUCGCCGGCUGGCCAUGCUCACCAUUUCCUCACAGCAGGCGCUCAAGUACAUGAAGCACUAUGGCGAGCUUAUGCGGCCGCUGGAGGGCUACUCGGAGACGUUGUAUCGCUGUCUUACGGAGAUUUUCGACGUGUUCCUGCUCUACUGCUUCUCCGCCUUUGGGGGCUUGGGGCUGGAGGACCUGGUGUGGCGAGAUGACUUGCUGUCCCCGCGGCUCAAGGGGGCGCUGCUGCGGAUCCUGAUAGCGGAGGGCUCCAAGUACAAACCCGUGAUCGAGGAGCUGGCCCGCAACAAGCCCGUCGGUCGCGGGGCACCCAUAGCUUCCACGGGUCUGGGACUGCUGGACCGAUUCGGAGACAAGAUGGAGAGCCUGGCCGACACUAUGGAGCGAUCCGUUAGCCGCAUGGCAGUCAAGCUGGGGGACAGCAAGGUGGUGCAGGUCAUGGGUGGCAGCGGGGACAGCAGUAUCGGGGGCGGUGUGCAGGGCAGUGGAGCCAGCAUGGUGGGCUUUCCGCAGGUCUCCGCGCCCAACACCGGCAUGCUCACGCCGCUGGGGGGCCCACGGGCCAGCGUGCCCAUGGGCGGCGUCGGCGGCGUCAGCGGCGCCCACAACGGUGGCAGCCCCGGCCCUUCUCAGGGCAGCCCAAGCAGCUCCGGGGGCAGUUUCCAUGCGCCCCAGUGGGGAUUGCGGGAGCGAGUGGUGGCGGUGGAGUCCCUCAUCUACAUGGCGCAGGAGCUCAAGGCGGCGAAGCAGGCCAUUAUUCUUGCUCUUCCUGGCCGCUGUCAGCGCGACGUCGAGCAGUACUUUAACCGCACGGUGGAGGCCGCAGCGGACCUGAGGGAGUACCUGUUCAAGGCGGCGGCCAGGGUCAUGAUGCAGGGCGUGUGGGAUGGUGACCGGGGCAUCCCCGCCGCCAUUGGGGUCACCAACUACAAUGUCAGGGAGCCUGCCAUUAAGCAAAGUCCUUGGGCUGACUUUUCCGUACGGGCGCUACACACCUUCAGGGAGAAGGUCCUCGCCGCUCGUCUGCCGCUGCCGCUGGUAGUGCUCUUGUGGGAUUUCGCGGUGGCGGUGGUCACAGAGGGGCUGCUCACCGGGUUGGCAGGGGUGCGCAAGUGUAGCCUGGAGGGACGGGCCAACAUGUCCUUCGACUUGUCGCAUGUGGAACGACAGAUUCGGGCGAUGGGUCCACCCAACUUCAAGCCCACUGCUCUCGCGAUUGUGGACGCAUACAUCAAGGCCUUCUACCUGCCGUGGGAGGAGCUGCCGCACUGGUGCCGGACCCACGUAGCCCAGUAUGGUAAGCAGAGGCUCUUCACUCUGGUAGAGGUGUCGGCAGAGUUUAACAAAGUCAAGAGGCAUCAGAAGAACGAGGUACUCGAGAUGAUCGAGGCGUUGGACCCCACCAAGAGUUUCUGA